GUCUUCGGGAUCAGUUUCCAAUCAAAGGAAGUUUCUUAAUUGACCAUAAAACAAUAAACCAGGCGAAAGGCAGCAGAGUAAUGGCGAAUCGUUUUGUGCUGACGUUUGGUUUGCUGCUUGUUGUGGCUGCGGUCACAUCAGCCCGCUUUGUAGCGCCACGUGCUCGUGCUCAGAUUGUUGGCGGCUUCCCGAUCAACAUUGAGGAUGCACCCUUCCAGAUCUCCCUGCGAGAGGACGGACGCCCCAUCUGCGGUGGAUCGAUCAUCUCGCCCAACUGGAUCUUGACGGCUGCUCACUGCGUUGAAGAUGUGCCGGAGUCGAUGGUAUCCAUCCGAGCCGGAUCAACCUACAAAGAACACGGCGGCAUUAUUCGCAAUGUUAGACGUAUUGUGCUACAUCCGGCUUGGGAUACGGCCACCAAAAAUGGCGACUGUGCUUUGAUGGAGCUGGAGGAUCCGCUGCCACUGAACGGUCAAACAAUCGCUUCCAUCCGGAUGCCGGAACAGGACGAAGAGGAUCCGAUCGAAGGUUCGAAGGCAAUGUUAACUGGUUGGGGCAAGACACUGAACGUUUACCAUUCGAACUUGAUCCUGCGGGCCACCUUUGUGCCGAUCGUUCAUCGGGACAACUGCCAGAAAGCUUACCGUCGGACCCAUACCAUCUCGGAUCUGAUGCUGUGUGCGGGCUUUAUUGGUGGUGGACGAGAUUCGUGCCAGGGUGAUUCUGGUGGCCCGCUGGUGGUGGGUGAUCAGUUGGUGGGAGUGGUUUCCUUCGCGAUCGGAUGCGCUGAAGCAGGGUUCCCGGGUGUUAAUGUGCGUGUUGCGGCCGUGCGCGAUUGGAUUCGUGAAGUAAGCAAUGUUUAA